AUGAACUUGUCGAACUGGCUAGCAGGCAAUGAUCAAGCAAUCAACAAUGCUGACUGGUCGCACUGGCUUGCAGGCAAUGAUCAAGCAAUCAACAAUGUUGACUGGUCGCACUGGCUUGCAGGCAAUGAUCAAGCAAUCAACAAUGUUGACUGGUCGUACUGGCUUGAAGGCAAUGGUCAAGCAAUCAACAGUGUGGACUGGCCGCACUGGCUUGCAGGCACCGAACAAGCAAUCAACAGUGUUGACUGGUCGCACUGGCUUGCAGGCACCGAACAAGCAAUCAACAAUGUUGACUGCUCGAACUGGCUUGCAGGCAACGGUCAAGCAAUCGACAGUGUGGACUGGUCGCACUGGCUUGCAGGCACCGAACACGCAAUCAACAGUGUGGACUGGUCGCACUGGCUUGCAGGCACCGAACAAGCAAUCAACAAUGUUGACUGGUCGCACCGGUCAAGCAAUCAACAAUGUUGA